GAAUGAAAACAUUAUUUCAAUAUUGGCACUUCAUUCUACUUCAAUUUCCCUUUUCACCCCCUAAACUUCUCAAACACCACACUAUCCACAAUCCUUAGCCCCCUUAUCUCCACCAAAAAAAACUUCCAUCUCUCUUUAGAACUUUGUAGCAAUGGCUUCUUGUAUUGUUUCGUCCUUUUUACCGAAACUUUAUUCAUCAAAAAUCCUUCUUCAGAAACCACAUAGAAUAUCUAUUGGCCCAUUGACCCCGUUUCUCAAAUUUCAAGAUUCAGCUCCUUGUCAACUUCCUGCUAGAGGAUUCACUACUAUAUGCUUUUCUAGUCCCCAAAAAGGUCCUGGUUAUAAAGAAAAUGGACCUGAAUGGCCAAUUUUGAGACGCUGGGAUGUGCCAUGGAACUGGCAAACUGUUUCACUUUCUUCACUUGCAUGUGGAUUAAGUUUUGUUUUGACAGGACUAAUAGAAACAGCAUCAAUACCAUAUGUAGGACUUGAUGUAGAAGCAUUGAGCUUGGAUGAGAAGGCUGAAAUUUUGUUCGCUGAUCAAGCUAUAACAACUGCAGUUGUGCUAAUAGUCCUUUAUACUCUCACCAAGUCGUCUCAACCACUUCCUGAUGGCAUAUAUCGUUAUGAUCUGAAGGAACCUUUCAAUCUCCAAAGAGGGUGGCUUUUGUGGGCUGGAAUUGGUCUAGUGGGAGCAGUAGCUUCCAUUGCUUUAACCGGAGUGGCAAUGUCUACUUUCAACAGUGAGCCGCCACAAAGAGAGACUGAUGCUCUUGCCCGGUUACUCCCAUUGAUAGGCUCCUCAAGUAUAAGCACUGUUUCUCUGCUUGGCGUUACUGGUGUACUUGCUCCAAUUCUUGAGGAGACUGUGUUUAGAGGUUUUUUUAUGGUCGCUCUGACUAAGUGGUUACCUACACCGCUCGCAGCAGUUAUUAGUGGUGCUGUAUUUGCUCUUGCACAUCUCACUCCUGGACAAUUUCCUCAGCUAUUUGUUCUUGGGACUGCUCUGGGAUUUUCUUAUUCUCAAACGCGGAACCUUCUAACGCCAAUCACAAUUCAUGCUUUCUGGAACUCUGGUGUUAUUUUGCUUCUGACCUUCCUUCAGCUCCAAGGGUAUGAUAUCAGGGAAAUAAUACAAGGAAUUUGACUUGGGCAUCAUAAUUUUCUGGACAAAGCCAGUUAACGAUUCUCAGUCAUCUUCAUCGGCUUGUUCACAGUUUCUGAACAUAUGAACGGAUCUGAUUUUAGUUUCUGUACUUUAGGCUCAAUGCUAGUUGGAGCUUGGGUGGAAUGUGAGAAGCUAUUGUUGUUUUCUUUUUCCAAUGCCGAAUUGCUUAUGAAAAGCAGCAGAAGAAUCCACAAGGAAACUUCUGUUCAAUUCUCAAUAAUCUAAUAUACUAUUUGUUGUAGGUUGAGUACGGAGUUUCCCUCUAUUGUAUCAUUAUGUGUAGAAGUUGGUCAGGAUUAGUUAUAUGAAUGAAUCUUUGAUAGCCAUUUGCUUCA